GCGGAAGUGGCGGAAGCGGAAGUGGAGGGGAAGCGGAAGUGGCCGUUGCCAUGGCGGCGGUUGCGGCCUAGGCCGGGCCUGGGGCUGUUCUUUCCCCACCACGUUCCUGGGAUUCCUGGGGGCCGCCGGGAUGACGCAGGCGGAGCUGCGGCUCUGCUCCCUGCUGCUCCAAGAGCACUUCGGGGAGAUCGUGGAGAAAGUCGGGAAUUCCCUGCUCCGGACGGGCCCGCGGCCGCUGCGGCUCCUGGUGGGCGACACGGGGCUGCUCCUGGAUCAGGUGAAGAAGGCCCUUUGUGUCCUGCUCCAGCACGACCUGGUGCGGUACGAGGUGCAGCCCCGCGGCUCCGUGGAAUACGAGGCCCGGAGCGAGCGGAUCCUGCGGAUCCUGCGCUACCCCCGCUACAUCUACACGGCCAAGACGCUCUACGGGGACCCCGGGGAGCUGCUGGUGGAGGAGCUGCUGCUCCACGGCCACCUCUCCAUGAGCUGCGCCGUCGCCAGGGUGGCCGACCGCCUCACCGAGACCAUGGAAGGUGGGAGGGAAGCUCCUGCCUGGAAAAAAAAGCGGAGCGGGUUUGGGAAUGUGGGAGCAGAGGAUUUGUGGGGUGUUCGUGGUAAGGUCGUGGUGGUGGCCACGGUGUUGCCAUGUGCUCCAGAGCCUCAGGAACAUCCUGGAUCCGGCUGAUGGAGACCAUGGAGGGUGGGAAGCACCUCCUUGGA